AUGCAUUCGCCACUUGAGACUCAGCAGCCGGAGAGAUGCCGGCCGAUGACCUCGACUGUAUCGGAGAUCGAAGAGGUCAUACCGGAGGAAUCCGAUAGAACGACUCUGCUUAACGGCUCUAACGGUUUGACUUCAACCGAACCGCUGCGCCGUCGAGUGUCCGGGAAGUUGCCGGUGGACGGAGGACCUCGUCGGAUUUUCCGGCAGCCAUCGUUUGGCCGCGAAAUCAGCCACGCGGCGUCUGAGACGUACCUUAUUACCGGACUUAGCUUCAAGCUUCUUCGAUACCUCGGGGUAGGCUAUCGAUGGAUCACAAAAUUAGCCGCCCUUACGUUUUACGCUAUGCUUCUUAUGCCUGGAUUUCUUCAAGUUGCAUAUAUUUAUUUUUUCUCAUCUCAAAUACGGAGGAGUGUAGUGUAUGGAGAUCAACCAAGGAACAGGUUGGAUCUCUACUUACCAAAGAACAGUGAUGGAUUGAAGCCGGUUGUGGUUUUCGUGACUGGUGGAGCUUGGAUUAUUGGUUACAAGGCUUGGGGCUCGCUCUUGGGAAUGCAGCUAGCUGAAAGAGAUAUCAUUGUAGCAUGUGUCGACUACAGGAACUUUCCUCAGGGAACAAUUAGUGAUAUGGUGACGGAUGCUUCUCAAGGAAUCUCGUUUGUGUGCAAUAACAUAUCUGCAUUUGGAGGUGACCCCAACAGGAUCUACCUGAUGGGGCAAUCAGCUGGUGCACAUAUAGCCGCUUGUGCUCUAUUGGAACAAGCUACUAAAGAAUCAAAAGGAGAGAACAUCUCCUGGAGUGUUUCCCAGAUUAAAGCUUAUUUCGGAUUAUCUGGAGGGUACAAUCUAUACAACUUGGUUGAUCACUUCCACAACCGGGGUCUGUAUCGGUCCAUUUUCUUUAGCAUAAUGGAAGGAGAAGAGUCCUUUGAUAAAUUCUCUCCGGAAGUAAGACUGAAAGAUCCAGUUGUUGGAAAAGCCGCUGCGUCUCUAUUGCCUCCUAUUAUACUUCUCCACGGAUCCUCAGAUUACUCCAUACCAUGCGAUGCAAGCAAAACAUUUACAGAGGCUCUCCAAGCUGUUGGAGCCAAAGCUGAGCUUAUUUUAUACAGCGGAAAAACACAUACUGAUUUAUUCCUUCAGGAUCCCUUAAGAGGCGGCAAAGACGAACUUUUUGAUGACAUAGUCUCUGUGAUACACGCCGAUGACAAUGAUGCCCUGACCAAAGACUCAGUGGCUCCUCCCAGAAAGCGUCUUGUCCCAGAGUUGUUACUGAAACUGGCUCGUGAGGGCCUAGGCAACAUGUGGAUGGGUCCAAUACAAGCCUACAGAGAGAGAGGGAGAGAGAGUUUAGUAACACUUGGUUUAGCUUUCUUGUCCAUUGUUACUUAUGAUAUAAGAAGAAGACUAGUAGCUUUCACUUUUUGCCUGGUGGUUGAUGAUUCCAAAAGCCAAUUCCCUCCUUCUUUCAGAAUACAAUUCUCCUUCACCAUCAAACCACUAAACUUCAUCCCUGAAGUUAAUCAUAAUAUGUUGAAACAAGAGAGUAACUGGGCACAAGUCUGUGACACAUGCCGUUCAGCAGCAUGCACCGUCUACUGCCGAGCUGAUUCAGCUUACUUGUGCACCAGCUGUGAUGCUCAGGUCCAUGCUGCAAAUCGUCUUGCUUCCCGCCACGAACGUGUUCGUGUCUGUGAGUCAUGUGAGAGAGCACCGGCUGCCUUCUUCUGCAAGGCAGAUGCUGCUUCUCUAUGCAUAGCCUGUGACUCACAGAUUCAUUCCGCAAACCCACUUGCUAGACGCCACCAACGAGUCCCGAUUCUGCCAAUCUCUGGACACGUUUACGCUUCCAUGGCCACAAGUGACACAACAGUGACGACAACAGAUCAAGAGAACAGAGUUGUGGUGGGUCAAGAAGAAGAGGAUGAAGCAGAGGCGGCUUCUUGGUUGUUGCCUAAUUCAGGGAAAAACAACAACAAUGGGUUCUCGAUUGGUGACGACUAUAUGGACCUUGUAGAUUACAGUUCGAGUACUAUGGAUAAGCAGUUCACAGACCAAUCCAGUCAUCAGUAUCAGCAAGACUGCAACGUACCUGAGAGGAGCUAUGGUGGAGAUGGAGUUGUUCCACUUCAAGUCCAAGAACCAAAGGGUCACAUGCACCACGAGCAACACAACUUCCAGUUUGGUUUCACCACAAAUGUCUCCUCAGGAGUUGUGCCAGAGUCAGCAACGAGUGAGACAACAGUAUCACACCCAAGAUCGCCCAAAGCAGUAACAGAGCAACAGCAACAGCUACUUGAGCCUCCAGCUCAGAUGCUGAGUCCAAGGGACAGAGAGGCUAGGGUGAUGAGAUACAGAGAGAAGAAGAAGACGAGGAAGUUUGAGAAGACGAUAAGGUAUGCUUCAAGGAAAGCGUAUGCAGAGACGAGACCACGGAUCAAAGGCCGGUUUGCAAAGAGGAAAGAAGUCGAUGCAGAGGCAGAGAAUGCUUUCUCCACAGUGAUGAUGUUCGACACCGGAUAUGGAAUUGUUCCUUCUUUCUGA